AUGAUCAAAGAAGCCGUUAAGUCCGGGGAACUUGCUCACUUGGUGAAGGGAGUAAGGGACAAAAUGGCCGAAGGAAAGGGCAAGGAAGUCAACAUUGUGGAUUUCGAUGGAAAGGUUCCACACAAAAGGCAACGGUUGGAAGCUUGUGAGCUUCAGUGUGUUUGCUUCUCUCCAACGGAGAAAGACCCCCUUUCAAACCCUCUUGUGGUUGUGGCUAUUGUGGGAACGCUACAAACAAAUAGAGCAUACAUAGACACUGUUGCUGCCAUCGAAAUCAUGUUGGAGAAGUUCUUCAACCCCAAAGGUGGAGUAAAGUUCUUGUUGGUAGCCAUAGACUACUUCACCAAGUGGCCAGAGGUUAAACCACUUGCAAAAAUCACGGGCAAACAGGUCAUUGAUUUCGUUUGGGAAAACAUUAUUUGUCGUUAUGGAUUACCGGGAGUGCUUGUCACCGACAAUGGAAAGCAAUUUGCCGAGAAGCCUUUCAGUGUUUGGUGCAAAGAAUUCAGAAUCGCUCAGGUUUUCAGCUCAGUGGCAUAUCCACAGUCAAACGGUCAAGUUGAAAGGAUGAAUCGAGGCAUAGUUGAAGGAAUCAAAGCCAGAUUGGGAAGGUAUGAAAGCAAUUGGCUUGAAGAGUUGCCAAGUGUUCUAUGGGCAUAA